AAGUGCCCCGGGGGUAGGAAAAGCCUUCUGAUGCGAUCUGACCUCGACCCCCCCGGCCUGGGGUGUGGGGUCGAGUUCUGGAGCUCGCAGUGGUUAGAGAUCUGGCUUCAGGAGAGGGGCUCACUCGCGAGCUUGGGGGCGUGGCCUCGUCCUAGGUGACGUGGACGCGGGGUGGGCGGGCUCACCUUUAGGGCUGAGAUUCAGAUCCAGGUGUAAAAGAGAGGCGGGGCACCCUACCAAUUCGUUGAGAAGCCGGUGCGGUGUCAUGGAGACCCUCGCGGCCGCCGCCCCUGCCGGGAACUUCUUCCCCUCAUUCCUGUUCUUGGCCUGCGGGACGCUAGUGGCCGCUCUGCUGGGCGCCGCGCACCGCUUGGGGCUCUUCUACCAGUUGAUGCACAAGGUGGACAAGGCAAGCAUUCAGCAUGGCGGGGAGAAUGUGGCAGCUGUGCUGAGGGCCCAUGGCGUGCGGUUCCUCUUCACACUGGUCGGUGGGCACAUUUCCCCACUGCUGGUGGCCUGUGAGAAGAUGGGCAUCCGUGUGGUGGACACACGCCACGAAGUCACAGCCGUCUUCGCUGCCGAUGCUGUGGCCCGCCUGACUGGGACGGUGGGUGUGGCUGCAGUGACAGCAGGCCCGGGCCUCACCAACACGGUGACUGCAAUGAAGAAUGCCCAGAUAGCUCAGUCCCCAGUCCUGCUUCUGGGUGGGGCUGCCAGCACGCUCCUGCAGAACCGGGGUGCACUCCAGGCCAUUGAUCAGAUGUCCCUGUUUAGGCCACUGUGCAAGUUUUGUGCUUCCGUGCAGAGGGUGCGAGACCUUGUGCCCACUCUGAGGGCUGCGAUAGCUGCUGCCCAGUCAGGCACCCCAGGCCCAGUGUUUGUGGAGCUGCCCAUCGAUGUGCUGUACCCCUACUACAUGGUUCAGAAGGAGAUGGUGCCAGCCAAGCCGCCCAAGGGCUUCAUGGGUCGAGUGGUCGCCUGGUACUUAGAGAAUCACCUGGCCAACCUCUUUGCAGGAGCUUGGGAGCCUCGGCCUGAGGGCCCUCUGCCUCUGGACAUUCCCCAGGCAUCCCCCCAGCAGGUUCAGCGCUGUAUGGAAAUCUUGAGCCGAGCCAAAAGGCCCCUUAUUGUACUGGGAAGCCAGGCUCUGCUGCCCCCGAUACCUGCUGAUAGACUUCGGGCUGCUGUGGAGACCCUUGGCAUCCCUUGCUUCCUGGGAGGGAUGGCACGAGGACUGCUGGGCUGCAACCACCCCCUCCACAUCCGGCAGAACCGUAGUGCUGCCCUGAAGAAAGCAGAUGUUGUCCUUCUGGCAGGAGCCGUGUGUGACUUCCGCCUGUCUUAUGGCCGUGUCCUUAGCCGCAGCAGCAAGAUCAUCAUUGUCAACCGUAACCGGAAAGAGAUGUUGCUUAACUCAGACAUGUUCUGGAAGCCCCAGGAAGCUGUGCAGGGAGACGUGGCCUCCUUUGUGUUGAAGCUGGUGGAGGGCCUUAAGGGCCAGACGUGGGCCUCAGACUGGACAGAGGAGCUUCGGCAAGCUGACCGGCAGAAGGAGCAGGCCUUUCGGGAGAAGGGGUUGAUGCCUGUAGCCCAGCACCUGAACCCAGUGCGGGUACUGCAGCUGGUGGAAGAAACUCUGCCUGACAACUCGAUUUUGGUGGUCGACGGUGGGGACUUUGUGGGCACUGCUGCCCACCUGGUGCAGCCCCGUGGGCCCCUGUGCUGGCUUGAUCCUGGGGCCUUUGGGACUCUGGGCGUUGGUGCAGGAUUUGCACUUGGGGCCAAAUUGUGCCGGCCGGAUGCCGAGGUGUGGUGCCUGUUUGGAGAUGGAGCGUUUGGCUAUAGCCUCAUUGAAUUUGAUACCUUCGUCAGGCACAAGAUCCCAGUGAUUGCUUUGAUCGGGAAUGAUGCUGGCUGGACCCAGAUUUCUCGGGAGCAGGUGCCCUCUCUGGGCAGCGAUGUGGCCUGUGGCCUGGCUUACACUGAUUAUCACAAGGCAGCCAUAGGACUUGGCGCCCAGGGCUUGCUGCUCUCACGGGAGAAAGAAGAUCAGGUGGUCGAGGUGCUUCAUGAUGCUCAGAAGCAGUGCCGAGAUGGCCACCCGGUUGUGGUCAACAUCCUUAUUGGGAGGACGGACUUCCGAGAUGGCUCCAUUGCUGUGUAGGGCCUCGUGGGUUAGUACCCUUGGCCUUCCCACCCCUGGACUGUGCCUAGCUGGUUUAGAGUCUCAUCCUUACCUGCCUUGGAGCUGGCCUAUCAGGUCCAGUGACUCUACAACCCUCCCUGAAGACAGGGUGGGGCUGGGGUUGGGGAGGUGUGAGUCAGAGCUCAGAGAGGUUCACUGGCAGCACUAGAGAGCUCCUGGGCCUUUUCCUCUGUGGGCACAGCUACCCUUUCUCCCUUCCUCUCAUGCGCACUGAAUAAACCACCUCUGGUCCUUGUGGCCCCAGCACUCA